AUGCACGAGCUCAACGAGAGCAGCUUCGACCCCAUCACCUUUGUCCUGACGGGCAUCCCAGGCAUGGAGGAGUCCCACAUCUGGAUCUCCGUCCCCUUCUGCCUGAUGUACCUCACGGCAGUGCUCAGCAACCUGGUGCUGCUGGUGCUCAUCGCCGCGGACCGCAGCCUGCACGAGCCCACGUACCUGUUCCUGGCCAUGCUGGCUCUGUCCGACCUCCUGCUGUCCACCACCACGGUGCCCAAAAUGCUGGCCAUCUUCUGGUUCGGCGCCAGGGAGAUCUCCUUCGACGCCUGCGUCACGCAGAUGUUCUUCACCCAUUUCAGCUUCAUCGUGGAGUCCUCGGUGCUGCUGGCCAUGGCCUUCGACCGCUACGUGGCCGUGUGCGAGCCGCUGCGCUACGGCGCCGUGCUCACGGCCCCGGUGAUCGCCAAGAUCGCCGCGGCCGCCGUGGCCCGCGCCUUCUGCAUCAUGUUCCCUCCCAUCUUCCUGCUGAAGCGCCUGCCCUUCUGCGGGCACACCGUGAUGCCCCACAGCUACUGCGAGCACAUGGGCAUCGCCCGCCUGGCGUGCGCCGACAUCCGCGCCAACGUGUGGUACGGGCUGACCACGGCGCUGCUCUCCUCGGGGCUGGACGUGGUGCUCAUCGCCGUCUCCUACGCGCUCAUCCUCAGGGCCGUGUUCCGCCUGCCCUCGCCCGAGGCUCGCCUCAAAACCCUCAGCACCUGCGGCUCCCACCUCUGCGUCAUCCUCAUGUUCUACGUGCCGGCCUUCUUCUCCUUCCUCACGCACCGCUUCGGCCGCCACGUCCCGGGCCACGUGCACAUCCUGCUGGCCAACCUCUACGUCGUGGUGCCGCCCAUGCUCAACCCCAUCGUGUACGGGGUGAGGACCAGGCAGAUCCGGGAGCGUGUCCUCCGCCUGCUCUGCCCCACGGGGGAGUGUCCCUGCCGCGCCUGGGGGGGCAGCUGCUGA